AGGCUGAGUGCCCAGACAGUGAAUGAAAGUGCCUGCCAUGGUCAGCGCUCAAGAGGACAGCAACAUGGAUGUUGAUGACUCUGUACAAGGUCCCGAAAUGAAAGAAUAUUCUUCGGUCUACGUUGGCAGAGAAGAUGUCAUUAAGAAAUCUGAGAGAAUGACAGCUGUUGUUCAUGAUAGAGAAGUGGUUAUUUUCUACCACAAAGGAGAAUACCAUGCUAUGGAUAUUCGCUGCUACCACUCAGGAGGACCUUUGCACUUGGGAGAGAUAGAGGAUUUUGAUGGACGGUCAUGUAUCGUUUGCCCCUGGCAUAAAUACAAAAUCACUUUGGAAACAGGAGAAGGACUUUAUCAGUCUAUAAACCCUAAAGACCCAUCAGCAAAACCCAAGUGGUGCUCCAAAGGAGUAAAGCAAAGGAUUCACACAGUGACAGUGGACAACGGGAAUAUUUAUGUGACUCUUUCUAAGGAACCUUUUAAGUGUGAUUCUGAUUUUUAUAACACUGGAGAUUUCAAAGUAAUUCAGAGCUCUUCCUGACAAUGUAUAAUGACUCUUGAUAAUUUAUAUGGUAAUUAUAAAAGUCAUGUGUAUUUAAAAAAUAUUUUUAGACUGACCUUUAAUAUCAAACAUUACUUUUCCAAGAUAAACAUAUUGUUUGUAAAAACCACAUAAAUCUGAGAGGUUAAAAAGCACAUUGACUUACAGAAAGUAUUAUAUUCAAGAUGUAUCAGCUAUAUUUCAUCCAGGCCUCUGGGUUGAUUGGUACCAGAAGAUUAUCAGUUUGAAACAUCAAACCAGUUUAAGGAGGAUAAAAGUAAAGUAACCAAUAUGAGAAAAGGGUAAAAAUAUCCAGUAAUAAAGGUUUUUUUUUUUUGGUUUGGGAAAAAAGUCCCUAUUGAAGUU